AUGACGUGCGACAUCCUCACCGGGAACACCAACACUCCAGCCACCACCUCUGCCCCCUCCCCCUCGGAAAAGCGCCGCAUGUCUGACUCCGCCGACGCGCCGACUCUCGCGCCCGCCGCGAUCCUCCUCAUCGAGCGCCACGUGACCUCGACGAUCGCACACCCCGCCCGCUUGCGCGUCGUUCACCAUCACCGACCGUCAUCCUUAACCGCCGUCCCCCGUCUGCCGCCGCCGCCACCGCUAGUGCGCGCAUACACCCGGUCCACCGACGCGCUCGACCUCCCGCACCCAGUCGAAUUUCCGCAUACAUCCCGCCCUCUCUUUCCCCCAUACCGUCACAUCUCCGUCCCGCCCUCGUGUACAUCCCCCCGAUCCUUCCUCACCCCCUCCACAUCCCUUCCCUUCCAAUGUUCUCCCUCCGUCCACCUACCCCUCCUCAUCUACCCCACUCGAGUGUACACCGACGAUAGAGCUCGUUGGAUAGCGGCGUCGGCCCGCCAGGCCGACCGCCACGCAUCUACAGCACGCAGUCACCUUCCGCCGCGAGAGGAGACGGGGAGAGGACGUACUGAAGCGGGUCGCCCGAUGUCUGGGACGCAUUGGCGUCGGGCGCGGGGAGGCAAAGGGUCAAUGGCGAGGAAGAAGAGGGGGAAGGCAAAGGGGGAGAAGGAGAGAGGGAAGGAUACGAAAGCGGGGUAG